GAUAGCCUCAAGAAGCCCUCAGACAAAGCAUACCAGCUUACACUGCCUCCUAAGAUCCAUUUGUAAACCAGAACACUAGAGCAAACAGAUAUAUAGCAGAUUCAUAGUGGCAUAGUGAGGUUUUACUUCAAUGGACUUGGAGUUUUCAGAGUUAACAGGUUUUGAUUGGGUCUGAGGACACUUGUUGGAGAAACAUUUCUGAACUUGGCACCACAAAGCACAGCUUUUGGACAAAAUGGCACUACGACAGAACUCUGACAAAGACCCAACUAUUGAACUCUUCAUAAAGGCUGGCCACGAUGGAGAGAACGUGGGCAACUGCCCAUUCUGCCAGAGGCUCUUCAUGGUCCUGUGGCUGAAAGGAGUCAAGUUCACCGUGACCACCGUCGACAUGAGGAAGAAGCCAGCAGAGUUGAAGGAUUUGGCACCAGGGACCAACCCUCCAUUCCUACUGUACAACGGCACCCUCAAGACAGACUUUAUCAAGAUCGAGGAAUUUCUGGAGCAAACAUUGGCCCCCCCCAGGUAUCCACACCUUAGCCCACUCAACAAAGAGUCCUUUGACGUGGGUGCGGACAUUUUCGCCAAGUUCUCCACUUUCAUCAAGAACAACCCAGCCAACACUACUUUCCAAGAGAAGGCGCUGCUGCGUGAGUUCAAGCGGCUGGAUCUCUACCUGAACUCCCCCGUACCUGAAGAGAUUGACCACAACUCCAGAGAAAACAUCACCCUCUCCAAGAGAAAGUUCCUGGAUGGCAACCAUCUCACCCUGGCAGACUGCAACCUGCUGCCCAAGCUGCAUGUCAUCAAGAUUGCUGCCAAGAAGUACUGUGACUUUGACAUCCCGGUCCAGUUCACCGGUGUAUGGAGGUACCUGAACAAUGCCUACGAGAGGGAGGAGUUCAGUCAGACCUGCCCUGCCAACAUCGAGAUUGAGAAGACUUACCUGGACGUGGCCAAUAAGAGGCUGUAAACUUAUAACCGACCUUUAACCAACCAUUUUCACAACAUGUCCUCCUUUACUAUUACGUUCCAUGGAAACGGUAACUCAUUCACCCAAAAAUAUUACACCUUUUUGGGAGGCCACAGCAAUCAUUAUCGAAGUAUCUCAAGUCAAUUUUUUAAAAUUCCUGCAUCAGGAUGCCUUUGAAAUCGAUAAGCAUUCUAGGAAUCAAAUUUAAAGUGUUUCUUUGUCCAUAGUGUAAAUAUUUAUUUUUUACAUGUUGUUUGUGACCCGAAUACCCAUAAUAUAAGAAUGUAUAAGACAAUAAGAGUCUAUUCUAAUAAUGUUUAUGUUUGAUUGAAAGUAGUGAUAUAAAACCUGUUUUAACAGUUGUUCAUGAUUACCAUAAAGAAUCAUCAAAAUGUUUUACAAUAAUACAUUACACCUGUCUGAUUCUAGUUAUUUCAAACUAUGAUGUGAAAUAAAAUAAAAUGUAUUUCAUGAGUCUGA